AGGAGGAAGGAACAAACAACAAGUUAAUCAGACAGGAAGCGAAUAACCACAGCAGGACGCUUGCCUCUGACUCAGUCACACUGAGCGAGCGGCCAGAGCCCUGCUAUGGCUGCCCCCGGACGACCCAGCCCAGGCCUGUGAGGAUGGUCCCUUUUUCAUGGACGAUUUGCUCUCCUGACUUGGGUCCCACGUGCUCUGUCUGCAUGUGACCCUGACCAUGGCCUUCUCCAGUACCCUGUAACGACUUGUCAUCAAGACUGUUAAGAGUAACUGAACCAAGAUGCCCGUACCUCCACCUCCAGCGCCCCCACCACCGCCGACCUUUGCACUGGCCAAUACUGAGAAGCCGACCUUGAAUAAGAGAGAGCAGGCUGGGAGAAAUGCUCUGCUGUCUGACAUCAGCAAAGGGAAGAAACUGAAGAAGACAGUCACCAAUGACAGAAGUGCACCGAUACUGGACAAACCUAAAGGACCUAGUGCUGGUGCAGGCAGCGGAUUUGGCGCAGGAGGUGGCAGCGGCGGUGGUGGAGGUGGCAGUGGCGGCGGAGGUGGGGGUGGCCCGCCUGGACUAGGGGGACUGUUCCAGGCCGGAAUGCCAAAGCUAAGAUCCACAGCUAGCAGGGAUAACGACUCUGGAGGAAGCCGGCCACCGAUUUUGCCACCAGGAGGAAGAUCCACAUCUGCCAAGCCCUUUUCACCCCCAAGUGCUCCGGGGAGGUUUCCCGUGCCUUCUCCAGGCCACAGAAGCUGUCCCCCCGAGCCCCAGAGGGCCCGGAUGCCUCCUCCACGGCCCGAUGUGGGCGCAAAGCCUGAUAGCGUUCCUCCUCCAGUACCUAAUACGCCAAGGCCUGUCCAAUCAAGUCUGCACAACCGCGGGUCGCCACCAGUUCCUGGGACCCCCAGGCCACCUGGCCCCGCCCCGACCCCUCCCCCCUUCCCUGGAAACCGAGGUGCCACUUUCGGGGGAAGCUCCAUACGUCAGUCCCCCUCAGGCUCUCCUUCACCCUUCUCCAACAGGCCUCCCCUGCCUCCCACCCCAAACAGGGCCCUGGAUGACAAACCCCCUCCACCACCUCCACCAGUGGGCAACAGGCCCUCCAUCCACAGGGAAGGGGUUCCACCUCCUCCGCCUCAGAACAACAAGCCUCCAGUGCCUUCCAACCCCCGACCAGCCACCUCCUCACAGGCCCCACCGCCUCCACCGCCCCCCAGCAGGCCCGGGCCGCCUCCCCUGCCUCCAGGUGGCAGUGGCAGUGGCAGUGAUGAAAUCCCAAGGCUCCCACAGCGGAACGUGUCCCUCACUUCAUCUGCACCUCCCUUGCCUUCAGGGGGACGUUCGGGUCCUCUUCCUCCCCCGCCCACAGAGAGACCCCCUCCUCCAGUGAGGGACCCACCAGGCAGAUCAGGCCCCCUCCCACCACCGCCUCCAAUAAGCAGAAAUGGCAGCACAUCACGGGCCCUUCCUGCCACCCCUCAGUUGUCGUCCAGGAGUGGAAUCGAUAGUCCCAGGAGUGGGCCCCGGCCUCCUCUUCCUCCUGAGAGGCCUGGUGCUGGGGCACCUCCGCCACCUCCACCAUCAACAUCGAUUAGAAAUGGCUUCCAAGACUCCUCAUGUGAAGAUGAGUGGGAAAGCAGGUUCUACUUCCACCCAAUUUCUGAUUUGCCACCUCCAGAGCCAUAUGUGCCAACAACCAAAAGUUACCCCAGCAAAUUGGCAAGAAAUGAGAGCCGAAGUGGAUCCAACCGAAGAGAAAGGGGUGCUCCGCCUCUACCUCCCAUCCCAAGGUGAUCUUUACUUGCUCUUCUGGACCCGGGCCCCGAGAGCGGCUUCUGUUGUUGCUGUAUAAGAAUUGUACACAUUCUCCUGCCCCCUUUGCUUCCCGUGUCCCCUUUACAUUAGCAGGAGGGGCAAGGGGAGAAGGAAGAGUGAAGAAAAUGGGUGUGCCAGGGUGGGGACAGGGAAGAGAUGCACCUAGCUUGUUACAGUGUACAGAUUCUCAAAGCCAUUCAUUGCUUGUUUCAGCUGCAGCAGCCAGGGCUGGCUGCUGGGCAUCCACAGCUUUUGCAAUAAGUAGGCAGAGACAAAUCAAGUCCCAGCUUUUAGUCAACCAAACUCAAACAGACACUGCUUUUUGGCUACAGGCUGUAAUUACUAAAAUCCCAGAGAGCUGUUUCCUUCCAUGUCUUUUUUUGCAAGCUUGGCCUCCUAGCUGUUUUCAUGAACCACAGACCACCUGAGCAAACUGCUGAGCAAGGGCACACAGGAAACUUUUGCAUGUACAGGAUGGCCAAUCUUGGGCAGUUUGACAUAGAUUUGAGGACACAGUAAAAAUAAAAUGUGAGGUCCAGGUAUAAUUUUAAGAUAAUAAUAGUUGGGGUUUUACAAAAGGGUUUUUUUUUAAAGCAAAAAGUGAAAUUAACUAUUUACCCCAUACAUCCAAAAUAUGAAUGUACCUGAAAUCAGUAUAAAAUUAUUAAUGCUAUAUUUUACCUUUUUUGGUACUAAGUGUUCAAAAUUUAGUGUGUAUUUUACAUUACAGCACAUCUCUACUUGGACUAUUUAUGUGUUAAAUGUUCAACAGCCACAUGUGGCUGAUGGCUACCACAUUUGACAGCACAGGUUUGGAAGAUGAAAACUAAUGCAAAAAUCUCAUUUCAAAAAUCAAAAAUGCAAAAUGAGUUUUAGCAAUUCAAGGGGACCUAGAAGUAAAGUGAGGAAGCAGCACCUUGUUUGGCAGACAGUUUGACUAUAAAUUUUGAUCUCUUACUUUUCAUCUUCCCUUAACAUCUGUGUGUAAGUGUUGCUUCACAAUACCAAGGUAGGCAACUAAUCCAAUAGGGCUAUGGUCACAUGGAAUAAAGCCAUUGGCAAGAAACUGAAAGCCUGUCAGGGCUUCUGGCCUCAGACCCAGCGGACUCAUUCUUCAGUUGGAUGCCUCCCCUGUGGGAUUCCAAGCUGCCUCUGUUCUUCUCAGGCUGAGCAAGCUCUUUAAGGGCCCUGAUAUGGCAGGAAGGUGUCAGGGGUGAGGGUGGGAGGAGAGUCAGGGAAUGAUAUCUAGUAGAAACAUGGAAGAAGAGAACAGAUUUGAACUGAUGGGCAAAACUCAAAAGACACAUUCUGAUGCUUGCUCAGUUAAGCAAACUGGGGAGACAGUACAAACUGGAGGGAAUUUGUUUUGAGUCUUUUGGGGGAAAAUAUUUGUCUUGGAUCUAUGCAAAUAAAGCUUCCACUUAAGGGCCAUAGAGAAGAGCCAGACUUGCCUUUUUUUUUUUACAUGAUUUUUGUUUACAAAAUUUUACUAGGACUUUUAAAUCUAGCUAUAGAUUUGGAAAAAAAAUCCAUUUAGAUGUUUUAUAUGGUUUAUUAUGUUUAAAAUUACCAUUGCUUAUUUUUUAAAAGCACACAACCACAUGUUUAUGUAUAUCUACCUAAGCUUUGUAUCAUGACUUUAGUGUAUUCAUGUAAUACUGAAAGAUGCUAAUAAGAAAUCAAUCCAAAGAAAAAUCUGAAACAUGCAUUCCUAUUUAUGGAAUAAAUAAAAGUUUCAUUUAUGUAAAAGCAAAAGAACUUAAGAGUUUUGACAAAUAGGAUAUCUAAUAAAUAAUGAAGUUACUGAUUUGUGUAUAUUGGAUUUUUAUAAUCUUCCUGGCCAAAGUCCUGGGCUUAGCACACCAGAGAAUUUCUUUCUCCCCUCUACCAUCCAUCUGUCUUUGAUACAGUCACAGGGACUCUUGAUUCAUACAGAAUCAAGAAAUAUAAAAAAGCAACAUGAUUGGCAGAAUAUUUUUUAAAAUAUUUUAUGUUUACUUUGUCUCUGUCUCUCCUCCUCUCUGUGUAUCUGCCUUUCCAAUAAAAAUAAACAAAUCUUUAAAAAAGAUUAAUAAAAAAUAUUUUAUGUUGAACAUUUGGUAAUUUAGUGGUAUUUUACUUUGAAUAAUUUGAUGUCAAAAGUGAUAAACGUCCUUAUAAAUAAGCCCAAUGACCUACUUCACAAACAACAGGGUUUGGCCUUUCUAGAAAAUUUGGGAUAGAAAAGGCUGACUUAAGGAAGGUGGACCUGAGUGUUGUGAGGAAUAGAAAGAAUUGAGUACCUUGCAUAUUUCAACUUUGCAGCUACCCACAGUGCGAAGUUGCCAUGUAUGCACAAUGGUUUUUGCAAUGCAUUUUUAAAAGACUGUUUCACACACCUGCAACCUUUCUUUGAAUGUUAGCAACCUAAUUGCAUCCGGUUUUUAUGAGAAAGUUCUGUGCUAACAUCUUCCACCUAUGGUAAACCAUUAAGAUGAGUGUUUUCCUCCCCUAAAAUCAGAGCUUAUAUGUGCAUUUUUCACAUAAAGUUUCCAGAUAAAUGGAUUUGAGAUGCAAUAUGGUAUUUUUUAAAUUUACAUAUCAUUUUAUAUUGAAAUGUAUUACAGUAUUAAAAUGCAGUGUUCAGUAUUUAUUUCACUAUGCAUUUUAUUUAGCAAAAGCAGAGAAAAAUGUUUAAUCCAAUGGUGCCUUUGUGAUUUGAAAGAAAUUGACUUUUUAUGUCUAAGUAGAUUACUUGCAUUUGUAAAAAGUUAGGCCUUUAUAUUUUAACUUGUAAUACCAAUUUUGUUAUUGUUAAAGUGCCUAGGAUUUUGGCAUGAAAUUAAUCUUUCCCUGUUUAUAGUCAGGGACUGAAGGGAGAGAAAACAAAUGUGUUCACACCAUUGCACUAUGUAAACAGACACAUUUUGAUAUCUAUGUCAUCAGGAUCAUUUAAGUCACAGGGUAGAGCCUACCCUCAUGUCUGUGUCUUUGUAAGUUAGCCCAACAAUAAAUGAAAGUAGAAUAA